AUGGGCUUUCUAACAAUUCCCGAGCUGAAUACUCGUCAGGGUACUUUGCGUGCCUAUCACUUGACAGCUAUUGUUUUUAUCUCAUCAUUUCUCUCGGCCUAUGAUUCCGGUAUUGCAGGUGGCAUCUUAACCUACCAGUCCUUUCAAGAUGAUUUCAGAUUCACCGCAGCCCACAAGUCCAAAGUCUCGUCUCUGACUGUCGGUCUGGAACAACUGGGCUCGUUCGUUGCAGCCAUGCUUGUUUACCCUUUGACCAACAAAUAUGGGCGUAAACUAUGUAUCAUUGGCUCAACUGCGCUUUUCGUCAUUGGUGUGAUCAUCCAGGUCAACAAGACACACUCGCUAGGAGCCUGGUAUGUCGGCCGUAUCAUAUCGGGUCUGGGGAUGGGUGGCCAAAGUGUGGGUGUGGCUCAGAACCCUUCAAUUGCUGGCACCUCGCGCGAGUGGCAGAUCCCUGUCGCCCUGCAGUUGAUCUCGGGUGGCAUUCUCUUGAUCGCUACUUUGACGCUUCCAGAAUCUAUCCGUUGGCUCUUGACUCAGAACCGCACUGAUGAUGCCUGGAAGGCGAUCACCUGGGUCCGUGGAGGCGAUACUCCAAAGACCCGCGAAGAGUUCACCGAAACACAACUCGGUCUUCAGGCUGAGCAGGCCGAGAGGGAGAACUUCUCAUAUCGCGAGCUUCUAGAGCCAGCUAACCGUCUUCGUUUCAUCGUUGGCCCCGUCCUCUUUAUCUUCCAGAACGCUACUGGAAGUAGCGCCCUGGCUGUAUUUGCGCCACAGUACUUCAAACUCAUAGCUGGCAAUGAUGAAAAUCGCAACAUGCUACUCACUGGACUGUUUGGUGCUGUCAAGGUUAUCGCCUGUACCUUCUUUAUUUGGGUCCUAGCUGAACGUAUCGGUCGUCGCAUGACUCUAGUCAGUGGAUCGGCAUUAAUGGCAAUUUGCAUGCUGAUUACUGCGUUGAUUGUGGACUUUGUUCCCACUCAAUCAUCCACUAAUGUGACCUCUGCUGGAAAGGCUACUGUGGCAAUGAUCUUUUUAGACAUCAUGAUCUAUAACUGUUCCUGGGGUCCACUUCCUUGGGCCUAUGUACCUGAGAUCUUCCCGACGCGUAUUCGUGCACUGGGCUUGGCUGUCAGUAUGCUGGCGCACUGGGCAUCUUCAUUCUGCUUCUCCUUCGCGAGUCCAUAUAUGAUUCAGAAUGUCGGCGCCAACACGUUUCUGAUCUUCAUGGGCUUUGAUGUAUUAGGCACCGUCUUCUGUUGGUUCUUCGUCAAGGAGACUCGUGGGAAGAAUCUCGAGGUGGCCGCUGGAACCGAAUGGGAGGCAGCCGAGCGCAGCUCCUCUGACGAUGGCGAGAAAGGCACUGUUUUGGGUCAGGAUGGCAAGAAAGUACAGCUGGUUAGCGUUCAUGAAAACUUCCACGCCAACAUCAAGCAACGUUCGUGA